AUGCUCGUCUACUACCUCGACACCGGCCCGGGAACAAGUAAAUCGUCAACGCUGUGCUCCUUGUUGUUGCUGCUGCUCGUCAUCGCAACAUUCCUUGUGUGUGAAGUGCCUGGACAGAUGAAGGAGGAACUCGUCGGAGUUGCCAAUCACAAAAAGAUUGGAAACAAAGUUACGCUUGUCAACCACACAAUAAUAGCCAACGAGGAAAACUUUAACUCUUUUGUGUACAUCCAGCGCUUCCCGAAUUCAUGUGAGGCUUAUAUCGACAAAAACACCAUUGAGUUUAACAUCGACGGCAAGGCAUGCACAAUGGACCUCCUCAGCAGGAACAAAAGCAACAACAACAGGAUCAAGUUCAAAGCUGGAGUGAGGAACAAAGGAGGGCAAUGCUUUGGAGAUGGUUCCAAAGUGCAGGAUAGCUUUAACAACACUAUGCCCUUCGUUUACAGCAAAAACAACAAGGAUGUCGAAAGGCUCAGCAAAGGUCCAAUCUAUACUCACGAGGAAAUAUGUAAGAAAAAAGAGGCGUGUGGAUUGUGCAUGCCGUGGACGAUUCUUGAAGUCUCUUGGACCAGAACGGAUUAUUAUUACUACGCGUUCACCCGUUUAGGUAAAAUAAAACUCGAACAGACAUGCCUAUAUUGUAUUUUUGUUCUUUCAGUUGGCGAAGUGACUCCCGGCAAGAAGGAUAAAGCCGAGAGUGAUGGUUCUGAGGAUAAGACCAUCGAUAUAGAGAUAGAAAGUGACCACAGAUUCACGAUGCUCUUUGGAGGCAAUUUGACUCAUGAGCAGACCUUCGACUCAUCUGUGCUGCCCUUGACUGUGGACAAAAUUAAAUGCGUUCCAAGGAACACUCCCUUCGUUGCCCCAGAAACAUGGACCAUCACAAAUGACAAUCUGGAAGGUGAACGUCUACUCGUCUUCAGCCUGCUUCCAGCGAGUGCGUCUGUUGUGUUGAGUGGUAAGAAACUUGUGGGUACACCAGCCAGGCAAAAAUGUCAUCUCUUCGUCCAAUUUGAAAGACCGGACUACGAGCUGCUGUUUGUCUCUCCUCCGCCACCUACAACAACGACGGUUACUACUACACCGGAACCAGAGACUACAACGUCUGCUCCUUGUGAGUGUCCAACUACAUCUUCAGAGACUGCAACAGCAACGACAACUUCUGCUCCUUCAGCUGAAACAAAGUCGUCAACUUCGCCUGUCUGGGGUUUUCUCUUCAUUCUUCUACUGGUUGGCUGGAUCGUCAUAAACGCGGGGUGGAUUUGCUUCAAUAUGAAGAAGGAUGAAAAUGAGCUAAGGGAAGAGAAAAUGCCAAGAAGUAUUGUAAUAACUACAGGAGACUCGGAGUAUGGAUCGGAAGUUAAUACGGCAAUUCAAGUGGAUGCUGAAAGCGCAGAGACGGCACGGGAAGAUGGAGAGUCGACAAGACCACAAAGCGUUGUGAUAACUACAGGAGACUCGGAGUAUGGACCGAACGUUAAUACGGCGAUUCAAGUGGGUGUUGAAAGUGCAAAGACGGCACAGGAAGACGGAAAGUCGACUACAGCUCCAGUGAAUGUUGGGCAGGCACAAAGUGCAAACACGGCACGGGAAGAUGAAAAGUCGGUUACAGCUGAAGUGGAUGUUGGGCAGACACAGGAAGACGAUGGGGAAACUGAGGGAUCGGAUAAUGAGACGGUGACUCCUGUGGAAACCGAGACGCUGCCGGAGCUUGAAGAAUAAAUGGAGAUGUGAGAGAGGGAUUAAUAAUUAUAUCUAGUGAUGAUAUUGU